CUGUCCAAGAUGGUCGCCAGAGUGGAUACACUUCACUAGUGAAACUAAUCCAACAGUUAGCUGGUCGAACUACUUCUGUUCAGUACGCGGAGGAUGACACGACGACCCUCGCUUUCGUUUCAAACCGGAACCGCGAGGGUCAUGGAGUAAAUCUGUUCAGGUUUUUGAGCGAUCGAAGGCCUCAUUUUGCAGCCCAACAUGGACAGCUUCUUUAAAGCAGCUGUUUGUGAUUUGGACAAAUUGCUGGAUGACUUUGAGCUCAGUUCUGAAGAACAUGAAUGCAAGCCAGUGUUUUUGAAGCCCCCUACACACCCCUUCUCGUCUCUAGGCUCCCAGUGUUUACCUUCAGAAACCCCUGCUGCCCCACAAAGCCUCCCUGACCUCAACUCUCUUCACUAUGGCUCUGCAACCAGCUGUUCUGAUGGCUCCAACAACCACAGAGAGGUCAAAGGUCAACCUCUCACUGGUGUGGACCUUCUCUCUUCUGUGGACUGUAGGCCAACCAAAAACUCCGCCCCUCCCUGCCCAGACAGAUCUCUAAAGCCGGUGUGUGACCUCGUGAAUGAUGCGAGUUCAGCUAUCCUGAUCCGGACCAGCAACCACGAUGCCUUCAGGGAGCUGGACGUGGCAGAGCAGCAGAUGGAAGAAGAGGAGGCUCUGCUCGUGGACUUUACCAGCCCUGUGGUCACAGAGGGGAGCCUGGUCAGCACAAGUGGAGCUGCAGGAGAGCAAACAUCUACAGGGUCAGAUCAGUUACUAGGUUUGAACUCUGAUGAACAGAGCGGUGGAUACUUUGCUGCUCUCAGUCUGCUGGAUGUUAUUCUUCCUGCAGCGGUGGAGAAAAGUUCUGAACCCACAGAGGAAUUUUCAUCAACAAGAACCACUGAGUCAGCAGAUAGAGACAGAGAAGACACGUCCAGCUCAAACCAGGGUGUGGAGAGCUCUAUAGACCACCAUGACGUGGAAAAUGUAGACAGCAUUAAAGAAAUGACUUCUGUGAAUAAAGAGGAGGAGUCAAAUAAGGCAUCUGAUGAGUCUGUACCAGAGUCCGUUGAAGAUAAACCGGUCAGCCUGUCAUGCCUGCCAUUAGCUGUUUCAAUGUGUGGAGCUCUAGUCAGUUCAAAAACCAGAGAAGAUGACUUGGGGACAACUUCAGAACAGUGUGAUCAUGUGGCAGAUGUUUCUGAGAGCACCAAGCCUGACUCCAUUUCAGCUUCGGAAUCAAAAGACUUACCCAGGGAUUCCAUCAGGGAGGACAGACCCUGUUUACACACCUCUGCUGAGUCGGACCAGAUUUCAGGGAACAGACUGUCUCCAGAAGGGCAGCAUCUUCCUCUUGAAUCUGCUGCUGCACCUACUGCAAACCCGUCUACUUGCUCAGAAACCAGCCCAGAGGAUCUUCCCGAGUUUGGCUUUGAGUAUUUACCAGAGAGCGACCAGGCCGAGCUUCUGGUUACCGACGAGGAGCUGGAUGCCUUUCUUCAAGCACAUACUGAAGCAGAACAGGGUGCCGGCGUUUCUUACUGCUGCAGUCAUAGAGAUGACACUCAGCCCGAGUCUCUGUCAGAGUCCGAUGACGUUUUAGAGGAGCAGAAGCCACAGAGCUGCGGUCAAGGUGGGCAGGAAUGCUUGGAAGCAAUGGCCUCUCCAGAAAGUGACAGAACAGUUUCUUUGUCUGCAGAGGGAGGUUUUAUCUCUGGUGCUUCAUCAUUAUCACAAGACUCUAGCAGACCGUGCAAUGAGGACUCCUCUGAAGUAAACUAUUUUUUAACCAGCAACACCUUCCAGCCCCAGCACAAUAGUAGCCCUGAUCAACAGCCCUCCUAUGGAGGUGCACGACCUAAACGACCACACUGCCAAACUACAAGACUUUCACCAGCAGAGGAGGAAGGCAACAGGCCGACUCAGACCCUCGGUGCUUCUUCAACACCAGAGGAUGAAGACAGUUUGACUGUGUGCCAGAGUCUUAAAGAGGAACAUUCCAACUUCAGGAAUUCCUGCCAUGCAAACGCUAUUCAGGAUCAGCAGGAUUUUUCUGUGGGGUUUGAGGAACUGUCAGAACCACCCCCUUACCCCGGAGAACAACCUGCAGAUGCAGUCAGGCCAGAGAACUGGAAGAGGGAAGGAAUGGAGGAGCUGGGGAGCAAACAGCCGAGGUGGGUGCCAGACUCUGAAGCACCCAGCUGUAUGAACUGCGAGCAAAGAUUCACUUUCACCAGAAGACGGCAUCACUGUCGAGCCUGUGGGAAGGUGUACUGCGCUCAGUGCUGCAAUGACAGAUGUAAGCUCAAGUACCUGGAAAAAGAGGCUCGUGUGUGCAUCAUCUGCUUUGUUACCAUAAACAGAGCCCAGAAGGAUGAGCGGACAAUGAGUCCUACUGGUCCCAGUCCAAACCCUAACGUUCCAUCCGAGUAUUGCAGCACCAUCCCUCCUCUGCAGCAGGCUCGAGCUGCUGGCACUCUGAACUCUCCACCUCCAACAGUCAUGGUCCCAGUGUCCGUUCUCAAGCACCCAAAUAAUGAUGCUUGUCCACGUGAACAAAAGCGCGUGUGGUUUGCCGACGGCAUCUUGCCCAACGGAGAGGUGGCAGACACAACCAAGCUGUCAGUGAUGAGCAGCCGGAGCUCCCAGGAGUUCAGUCCAGAUCCAGAAACGCCUGGCUCUUCUGGGUCAGACCCUGGAGUUGGCAGCUCUUCUACCCCUGAUGCCUCUGGAGCUGUAGAGGUGGUCCGACCUCCAGUGUCUGGACCCUGGGAUUACAGCUUGCUUUCUGGAAUGGGUUCUUCAGUAAAGAGGAGUCCCAGCCUGCUGCCAGAAAACGAGGACGAGCUGCCUCCACUGCUCAUCAGCACUGGAGAGGACAAUGGAGAUGUUUUGGUUGAGGAGAGUCCAGCUCCCUGUCAGAUCCUGCACCUACUGGAGGAGGGAGGACCUCGUCCUCUGACGUUUGUCCUGAACGCCAACCUGCUAGUCAACGUCAAACUGGUUGCCUACUCCAGCAGGCAGUGUUGGUGCUUCGGUUCUAUUGGGCUUCAGGCUCUGGGUCAGAAAGAGUUGGUGUUCAUGUUGGAGUGUUUGCCAGGAGAGAAAACUCUUCCGAGGGACCUCUUCUCACUUUAUGUCAGCAUUUACCAAGAUGCUCAGAAAGGGAAGUUUGUAGAAGAGCUGGAUAACGUGACAUUCACCCACAGUUUCCUGGGCAGUAAAGAUCACGCAGGGAUGCUGUUCUUCCCUCCCACCUGUCAAGCUCUGGACGGCCUCUCGCUCCCACCACAGUCUUUCCUGUUUGGUCUUCUUGUCCAGAAACUGGAGGUCCCCUGGGCCAAAGUCUUCCCACUCAGACUGCUGCUACGGCUCGGAGCCGAGUAUGAUGUGUAUCCAACUACGUUGUUCAGUGUUCGUUUUCGGAACUCUGUGUAUCGAGAAACGGGGCACACCAUUAUGAAUUUACUGGCAGAUCUGAGAAACUAUCAGUACAGUCUACCAGUGGUCGAGGGCCUGAGGAUCCACAUGGAGAUGGGCCACAGCUACAUCGAUAUCCCCAAAAGUAGCUUCAGUGAAGUGCAGAAGGUAGUGAAUUCAUCCAACGAGCACGUCAUCAGCAUCGGAGCCAGUUUCAGCCUCCAGGCCGACUCUCACCUGGUGUGUCUCCAGAACGAGGAGGGAAACUAUCAGACGCAGGCCAACAGCAUGCCGGGGAAGACUCGCACAGUGACUGGAGCCAGUUUUGUUGUGUUUAAUGGAGCACUGAAAGCCUCCUCUGGCUUCAUCGCCAAGUCCAGCAUUGUUGAAGAUGGGUUAAUGGUUCAGAUCCCUCCAGAGACUAUGGAGUCUCUGCGCUCAGCCCUGAGGGAGCAGACUGACUUCCACAUACCCUGCGGGAGGAACGACGGCGGGGAGGUCCGAGAGAAUGUCACGAUCCGCUGGGUUGACUGGACUUCACCUGUGAACUCCAGUAAAACUAGCGGCGUCGAUGGGAGACCUCUGGAUGGCGUCUGCAGCGUGAAGGUGCAGCAGGAUGUUGACUUUGAGUCUGACGGUCGCACCAUCAGGUGCACUGAGGUGCUGUACCUGCUGAAGUCUCCUGACUGCAGCCUGGCGUCCGUGCUCUCGUCCUGCAGCGUGUUCCAGAAGGAGAUCGCUUUGGCCACCUGUAGCACUCUGACGCCUCACCUGUCUGUUCUUGCCUCCAGCGGCAUCAACUCCCUCUCACUUCGCAUCUCAACUCAGGCUGACAUGGUGGAGUACCAGGCUGGUUCUGGAGGAAGGCUCCUCCCUCAGCACUACAUGAACGAGAUGGACGGCGCUCUGAUCCCCGUCAUCCACGGAGGCGGCGCCACUGUUCCUCAGACCCCCAUGGACAUGGAGUUCAUCUUCUACAUCACCCACGUCAUCUGACGGAGCAACGAAACGGCCCAACAGGAGGUGGUCCCGGGCUCUGGUGUCAGUCUGAUCCACUGCGAGGUUGGAUGUGUGUGGAUGUGUGUCUGUUCUGCUCACCAAAGCUGCUUUAAUACAUGAAGCCAAACACUAAACAUGGAAAAUGUUUGCAACCAAACCAUCGUCCUGCUCUGCCUUCCCAGCUCUCUGCUGGCCUGCGGCAGCUGGGAGCUGCUCAGUGAAUGUUUCUCAUCUGUUUUAAUACGGCUCAGUGAAUGGAGUCAGUCAGGUGCUAUUCUAAUGAUUCUUCACAUGCACAGCUGUCUCUGUGAAAACAUUUGCUGCCAGGGUGUCAUUGAUUGAUUGAUUUUUUUUUUUUUUUUUGGUUUACUCAGAAUGAACCUCAUGCAGGAAAGUUUUAUUUUUUCACAUCCUCCUCUAACCUGGAGAUCAUCAGUCGGAUUCUCUGAACGCAACACAAACACUAAGAGUUGCUGUUACCAGUAGUUUUAUGUGUCCAACUGGCCUAAACAUUCAAACUGUUUGUUCUCAGAAACAAAACAAAAUAAAACACAUUUAACAUCCUGAAUAUUCAGAUAAAACAACAACUGUUCACUACAUGAAUCGUUUUUACACUCUGUUAUCAAAACUGCCUUCAUGGUGA